AUGAUUGAGCACAAGAGGUACCCCUCUAUCGCCGAAGUGCUUGCCCCCGGUGGUCUCGCGUCGUUGGCUGCUGGCGAGUUUCAACGCAUAUGCUUGGCAACUGAACCGAGCGAGCUGUCGAGAGGAAUAGCCGCAGCGCUUCCGAUCAAGUUCGUGCUUGGACCAGCCAUCCCCGUCUUCUGCUGUAAAGGCUGGGAAGAACUCUCCUCUUUCCUCUUACGAGCUAUUCAUUGGCUUGUGCUGCACACUGUUUCGGGUGCUUUCUUUUUGGUAUGGUCAACUCCGCCCGCCAACGCAACCAUGCAGGGCGAGCAUAGACAAUUGGGUAUGGCAAAGCAGAGUCGGGCGGCGGCCGCGAGGCUGGAGUGGCAAGAACACCAACGGGAUCAGGGGAGACUGUUGACGGGUAAAAAGAAUCCCGGGAGCUUACCGGGGGAGAGACCUCAUGCCGUCCCUCAACAAUCGUUCAACACGCCACGGCAAGAGCAGAGGAUUGGCCAUACGUCAUCAGGCACCACGUCAACCGAGUCUCUGAGUCCAUCGAACUCUGCAUCGCAUGGGGGUCUGCGACACAUGCAGCGGCAGGAUGGGGGCUAUGGUGCAGAGGAGCUGUCGGCGGCGCAGCUUAACGGCACUCGUUCUGCUUCGGGGAGCACGGGUUCAGAUAAGAGGCCCGAGAUUGUCCACGCCAGGCUGUCGUGGAUUCCCAAGUAUAUGAGGAGGCUUGUGCUUGUCUCUUUCAUUGGGUCACUGGGUCUGGUCAUGGCAUUGCUGGAAUACAUACUAAGCGUCUCAAACAAACAUAUGGGACUCGGUCCAGUCGAUGGCUCAAGGUACCUAUGGCAGAUGGCACCUCCAGCCGUCCUGUUGAUCAUCGCGGGAUUCUGGCAGCGCUUUGAGUACCAGGCGCGAAGCACCGCGCCUUGGCUGCGCAUGUACAAGGGGCCGGCAGAUGCCGAGAGAACAGUGCUGCUGGACUACGUGUCUAUGACCAGACCGUCCGUGGUUUUACGCGCGAUUCAAAACAAGGACUGGAUCGUAGCGGCCGCGGUAGUCAUGUCGAUGCUGCUAUGGACCGCAAUAAUCAUUUCCACCGGCGCCAUAACAACGGUACUGGUCACCAUGACCGACAGCAAUGUCAAUGUCACGUUGACGAGACAGUUUGCAGUCGACGGCGGUGGGCUUGCUCAAAACAACAGCCUCGUCACCGCGGCGUCCAAAGCUACUUCCCUGCUCGAGGUUGCGGCGUUUCAGCUAGGUGAGCUUACGACAUACCCCGACGGCGCGACAAAUUGGUUCGCACACGAGACGUUCAGCACAAACAACUUGGCGCCUGGGGCCCAACUGACGGCUCCGGUCCAUGCCUUGUUUCCCAACCUCACCUGCGAAAAGGCGUCGCUGUCGGUAAACAGCGUGUCGCUGAACGAACAGGAGCAAGUCGUCAACACGACGUUGAUAGCGCCUGGCUGCGCCGUUGAGUUCACAAUUAAUGGGACCGGGCUGGCGUCAAAUAGAGGAUCAGGCAGCCCUACGUACUUUCUCCGCUCAGGAACGGGUGGCUGCUACGGUUCAACCGACCGUCAAGACCAGCGCAUCGUCGUGGCGUUUGGCGUCGCAAACCUCCGCAACAGUAGCGAUAUUGACUACGAACGAUUCGUGUCAUCGACAGCUGCGGUGACUCUGUCUACACCAUUAAUAUGUCGGCCGGGCUACACGAUGCGUUCAAUAGAUCUGGUCAGAAGCUCCAGCCGAACGAUACGAAUCAGGCUUGGGUCGUCGGCUCCAGCAUUGCCGAACCUUCCGGGGGUUCACCCUUGGGAUCUCGCAGCUGGGAUGUUCAAAUCGUACCAGCCGGACGUGCGGGAAGUUGCAUACCUUCUCGACCGAGUAGCGGAAACCGAUGCCUCGGGCUAUCCGGGGUUCCAGCCGGCCCGCGUUAUGAUCGACGCCUAUGUUCACUUUGCCCUUGGUUUCAGAAUGGGCGAGAGUGGAUCCCUGGAAGCAGCCGAAGAGUUUCUGGAUUCGGAAAAGUUGGAGAACCUGGUUUCCAACUACUAUCGUCACCACGCGUCGUUGGUGGCAUACACACUCCUACUUCGCUCCCCGACCAGAGAGAACUCAACCGUCACGGGGAUAUCGGUCAGCCGGUUCGAGAGGAUAGGUGCCAACUCUGCCGGCGUACAUUCCGUCGUCGCUUUUGUGGUUGCCGCGAUGACCGUUGCCUUUUUUCUCUUCUUCCUUAUCCCGACCGAGGGCUUCCUGCCGAGGAACCCCAACACGCUGAUAGACACGGCUGCGCUCCUGGUGCACAGCAAGGUUUUUUUACACAACGUCCGCGGGACUGGCGGCGCCGACAGCAAGAUGCUCUACGGCAGGCUGUCCAUGGCCUACUUUUACACGGGCAUCGAGGCCUACGAGCGCGACUUUGUGUCCGAAAACGAGGGUUACUUCAAGGUCUUGGGCGGUCCGCUGCCUCCGACCACACGUGCGCCAGAGUACUUUGAGUCCCGUGGAGGGUCGUGGGCGCCACCCAGAGGGGUUUCUAGCACCUACCGCGCGCUGAGCCUGUCAGUGACGCUGACGUUUAUCGUCUUGCUCGAGGUCAUGUUCAGGAUAUCCUCCACCAACGGCGGACUGUGUGAAAUGAAUGAUGAGCCCUGGGCCCAGCUUUUCUGGACGGUGCUACCGGCUGCCGUGGCGGUCGGCCUCACUUUCUACAUCGGGCUUGUGGACAAGGCCAUUCGCGCACUGGCACCCUUUAUGGAGCUGACAUGGGGCAGGGGCACCUUCAGGACCAUGAGAGUCAGCUACCUGGACGGUUCCACCCCGCGCGUGCUGUACCACGCAAUCGUCGGCCGCAACAUGCCAGUCGUCCUGUCGACCCUGUCGUGGAUCGCGGCGGCGCUGCUCCCCGUCGUGGUGGCGGCGACCUUUGACACGAGGGCCGUGGCGCUGCAGUCGACGGACCCGACGGAGCAGAACCAGCGCCGGAUGCGGCAGGACGAGGCGGCGACGCGGCUCCUGCAGGUGCUGCUCGUGCUCGUGCUCGUCGGCAGCACGGCGCUGUGGUGCCUGACCCCGCGCCGCCGGAUCGGCAUCCUGCCGAGGCUGCACUCCGAGUCCCCGCUGAGCUUCGCCAGCAUCGCGGCCAUGCUGGCCGACGGCAACGUGGUCGGGAUGCUGGGCCGCGGCGCCGAAUGGAAAACGCUGCGAGAGCUCGAGCUCAUGUUCCGCGACGGCCUGCACGUCACGAUGCGGUUCCGGCUCGGCUGGGACGAGGCCAGGGGCAGGACCAAGAGGAAGCAGGACGCGUUUGGCAUCUCUGCCAUCCGGACCGGAGGCUGGGGAGGUGGGGAAAGCGUGGGGCUGGGCAUGCAGGCCAGGGUUGGGUAUUGGCAAAAGGCGUGUGUCAGAGAUUGGGGGUGGAGGCCGUGA